AUGGCUUCGUCAACCACUUAUCCUCCAUCUUCGUCCACAACGAAUAUACCUCCCACAGACCUGGUAGAUUCGACUAAUCACCCCAACGACAAUCAAAUCACUGAAAUCGAUCCGAUGGAUCCUUCACCGAUAUCUACAUCACCUACUGCUAAUCCGGAAGAUGAGGUAAAUCCUCAUCACAAAUCGAUACGUAAAAGAGAUUUUGGGUUUUUACCUAUACCGAAGAAUAGACGACAUGAUCCGUAUAAGAAGGUGGAUGAGGAAUUUGGUUUUACUUGGAAAAUGAAUGCAGUGUUUGCCCUUGCUGCUACAGUAUCAGUGAUGAACCUGUACUACAUACAACCUAUGCUGGUAGCUAUUGCCGACGAUUUCAACGUAUCUCAUUCUCGAAUAUCAUCGAUACCGACCCUUGUACAAGGUGGAUAUGGCGUUGGUAUUGUUCUAGUAUCACCUUUGGGAGAUCUAGUCCGACGUAGACAGCUCGUCUUGCUCUUGAUUACUCUCACGACAUUCUUAUCUAUCGCAUUAGCGUUGGCGCCAAACGUAGCUACGUUAGAAGGAGUAUCGUUCAUUGUUGGAAUAUUAACCGUUACUCCUCAAAUUUGCAUACCUUGGACAGCAGAUUUAGCUCCUUCAAAUAAAAGAGCAACAGCAAUGAGUAUAACUUUGUCUGGUCUGAUAUUCGGUUUAGUCCUAGGCAGGGUUUUAGGUGGUAUUAUAAGUAAUUUCGCAAGCUGGAGAGAUACCUAUUGGUUGGCUGUGGGUCUGCAAGGAUUCAUGACCGGAGUCUUAUACCUUACUUUGCCAGAUACGCCAGAUAAGAAUAUUGGUCUAUCGUAUUUUGGCGUGCUGUGGUCAAUGGUCAAAUUUUUCACAAUGUAUCCUACACUGGUUCAAGCAUGUUUAUGCUCGAUGCUCACGAGUGCUGUUUUCGCUGGAUUCUGGACAACUUUGACUUUUGUUCUCAGCGCAUCACCAUAUCACUAUAAUUCAUUCGAAAUCGGAUUAUUCGGUCUGUUGGGCAUUAUAGGAGCUCUAUUAGCUCCUCAAUGGGGUAGAUUGAUCGAUCGAGUUCAUCCAUAUCUAGGACAAUUAACUGGCAUUUCAAUCAAUUUGGUAUCGAUGAUAGUGGCAUUGGUAGGAGCGAAUAAGAAUAUCGCAGCGGUAUGUAUCGCAAUAAUAUUUUACGAUAUGGGUCAGCAAUUGUCCCAAGUUUCCGCAAGUUAUAGAAUCGCUGGAUUGGAUCCUAAAGCAAGAGCUAGAUUGAACGGGUGUAGUUUAUUAGCUGUUUUCAUCGGUCAAACGGGAGGAACAGCAGUCCUCACCCAUAUCUAUAACCAUUACGGCUGGACGCCUACGGGCGCAACGGCAGUCGCAUUUGUCGGAACUGCAAUUAUAAUAUUAUUGAUUAGGGGUCCUCAUGAAGUCGGUUGGGUAGGAUGGCAUGGUGGUGGACAAAUCUUACGAAAAGAGAAAAUAACAGAUUUGAGUCCUGAAGCGGUCACUGAGAAAAUGAGAGUCAAAAAGGUCAAAGAAGAUAAAGUCGCUUUACCAGUGGAUCAAGGUGCAACCCAAGAGGUGUAA